UGUGAUAAUGGCUAUAUAUUAGACGAUAACGGUUGUCCUACAUGUACAUGCUUAUGUCUAAAACAAAUUACAUGUAAAAGAAAUUGUGGUAAUUGGGGUUACAAAACAGAUGAACAAGGCUGUCCAUUAUGUGAAUGCAAUUGUCCAUUACGUCGAUGUUGGCAGCAAUGUGGAGAUUUGGGUUAUAAGGCCGAUGAAUACGGAUGUAUGGGUUGUGAAUGUAAUUGUCCACUAGUAAAAUGCAGUACACAAUGUGCAUAUGGUUUCAAACAAAAUGAUUAUGGAUGUCAAACAUGUCAAUGUGCUUGUGAAACAUUAGGUUGUAAACGAAAGUGUGAUUAUGGUUUUAAAACAAAUAAUGAGAACUGUACAAUAUGUGAAUGUAAAGAAAGUAAAUGUCCCUUUGGAUAUUCAACUGGAACGUGUGGUGGUAAAGAACAAUUGAAAUGCGAAGGAAAUACAACAUGUAUUGUUGUUCAGAAGGAUGGUCAGGAGAACAAUUUACCAUUUAAAUAUGAAACUCUUAUUUAUAUUCCGAACACAUUUUUCAAUUAUAAACAAAAUUAUUUGACACAAACGAUGCGUUAUGAUUGGAUAAAUGUUCAAUUUCUACUUUUGCACGAUAUUAAUCAUCAACAGUAUUCAGUUGAAUUUUUUAAACUAAUCAAAAAGGAAUUUGUUAAUUUAAAUAUACUUGGGAUGGCCGCAAAUUGCUCAUUAGAUAACCAAUUAACACACGAUCGACAGUUGACAUUGGAUAGGGUCAACAUGUUUGCUUUAAGUGAAGGAAAUAUGGACAGAGAUUUUGGAAAGCGUAUGCCACUUAUGGUGCCAAUGAUUCAAACAUUACACAUACCUCUCAAAAAUCUUAUAGAUAUUACAAACAAUUUUAGUGAUCAAGAUUUGCGAAUGAUCUGCUCGAAUGUGUGUAAAAUUAUUUUUUCGGAUGACAAUGACAAUUUAAUUCACUCAAAAGAAUAUGUUGAUUAUUUUCCAAAUCUUCUUAACUAG